AUGAGUCGCACAGCACUUGUCACGGGCGCCAGCGGGUAUAUUGCCCUCCACGUCGUCAACUUUCUUCUUCAGGAUGGGUGGACUGUCCACGGAACGGUCCGAAGUCUGAAGAACGCUGAGAAAAUAAAGCCUAUCCUAGCAUUAGAGAAAGGUUCCCCUGGCACGCUUCGGCUUUUCGAGGCGGAUCUGCUUGAUGAAGGCUCCUUUCUGGAGUCCAUGCAAAGCUGCGAUGUCGUCAUCCACGUCGCAUCGCCUUGCAUAAUGCCAGAGCACAUCAAAGAUCCCCAAAGGCAACUAGUUACACCAGCCCUUGAAGGUACACGCAACGUACUAGAUAGCGUCAACAAGACGCCGUGCGUACAGCGGGUUAUUCUGACAUCAUCCGCUCGUACUAACACGAUGUACAAAGAGGCUGCUAUGCGAGGUAACGCUGAUGAAGCAUUAUUGAUGGAAAACCACACCGUCCAUGAAAGCUACUGGAACGAAGCAAGUUCUAUAAGCCAUAAUGCUUACGCUUACUCAAAAACAUUAGCAGAGCGAGAGGCUUGGAAGAUGGCCGAUGCCCAAAACAGAUGGAAGCUCGUUACCAUAUGCCCAAGCACAGUUGUGGGACCCAGCCUCACUCCGAACUCGGCUUCAGCAAGUCUGGACCUCAUUGAGCAAAUCAUGAAUGGAAGUAUGAUUUUUGGAGUGCCUGAUAUGAACAUGCCUAUGGUUGACGUACGGGAGGUGGCACUGGCCCACGUCCGAGCUACCAAGAUACCAGAAGCUCGUGGUAGAUACAUACUCUCGAGACACGAGGUCACUAGUCUCUUAGAGAUUGCGCUCAUUAUCCGAUCGGUUCACAACUACCGCUGGAUUGUACCCUUCUGGAAGCUUCCUGACUGGAUUGUUCGGCUUACUGCACCUCUUGUCGGCGUGACAAGAAAGUAUAUAGACUGUAACCUUGGAAUCAAGUUUACGGUGGACAAUUCGAGAAGCAAGUCGGAGCUCGGGAUAGAGUACCGGUCUUUGGAUGAGUCUCUAACUGAUCAGUACAAUCAACGCGUCCUUGAUAAAGCAAGGAAAUAG